AUGUCCGACAAAUUCGUGCGCGGCCGUGCCACGAGGAGACAGACGGUGGUGACCCUGUACAACACCUGCAAGUUAAAAAGGGUCCCAUUACUAACGUAUCCGGAGGCAGUAAAGGUUUCGAUUGGUCGCGGUCCCAGCUGGAUGCACUGGGUGAGCAAUCCCGGUGCAAUAGCCGUAGACGUGUUUGUCAUCGUCUACCAACUCGGCGUCUGCUGUGUUUAUAUCGUCUUCAUUGGAGACAACCUCAAGAAGCUGUGCGACGCGUAUGUAAACUACACGGUUGAGAUUUAUAUGCUUAUGAUUCUGCUACCGCUUAUAAUGCUCAACAUGAUACCAAACCUCAAGCUGUUAGCCCCACUCUCUGGAGUCGCCAACAUAAUGGCUGCGCUAAGCAUUAUCUUUAUAGCUUACUUCCUCCUCAGUGGCAAGAAAUCUAACCAACCUCUAGACUACUGGGGUACAUUGCCAAACUUCCCAUUAUUUUUUGGAACUAUAGUAUUUGCACUUACUUCUGUUGGUGUGGUGGUUGCGAUAUCGACCAAUAUGAAAACGCCCAAACAGUUUUGGGUUACUUGUGGGGUCCUGGACGUUGGCAUGAUUAUAAUCGUACUGUUUUUCUUGAGUGUUGGUAUAUUGGGAUAUAUGUUUUGUGUGUCUGAGUGCAGUGAUGCUAUAACACUUGAUCUACCUAAGAAUAAUGGAUUGGCCUCUGCAGCAGUAAUUCUAUACACUAUAUCAAUCUUCAUCAGCUACGCGCUAAACUGUUACGUGCCAGUUGACAUUAUCUGGAGAAACUACUUGGGGCCAGCCCUGGAGCGUAGAUCGGUCACCAAGCUUAGACUAUGCGAGUACUUACUACGUAUUAUUCUGUGUCUCUUUACUUUUGUGCUGGCUGUUUCUAUACCGCGAUUAGGACUAUUUAUCUCGCUAUUUGGAGCGCUUUGUCUUUCUGCACUGGGAUUCUGUUUUCCAGCGAUAAUGGAGGCAUGUAUGGAGUUUGCACGACCGGAACGCUUGGCUCGUAAAUUUAUCUUCGCAAAGGAUAUCUUCAUAUUUAUCGUUGGUCUCAUCGGGCUCACUACAGGAACCUAUAGCGCUAUAGAGGGCAUUAUUAAUUCUUUUCGAUAA